AUGCCACCCAUCGACUUUGACCGCUUCGAGACGGCCUCGCGCCGAUCGACGGUGUACAGUGCCAAGGGUGUGGUCUGCUGCUCACAGCCACUCGCGGCCGAGGCGGGCAUCGCGAUCCUGCGGGCGGGUGGAAAUGCCGCCGACGCCGUCGUCGCCAUGGCGGCCGCGCUCAACGUCACCGAGCCGGUCAACACUGGAAUCGGGGGUGACGCGUUUUCCCUCUACUGGGACGCCAAGGCGCGCACUGUGACUGCCGUGAAUGGAUCGGGACGCAGUGCCAAGGCCAUGACACUGGACAAGGCGCGCGAGUUUGGCCUCACGGGCCACCAGAUCCCAUACGACAACGUCCACGCGUGUACGGUACCGGGCGCUGCGGCGGCCAUGGUGGAUAUCCAGAAGAAGCUCGGCGGCGGCAAGCUGUCGCUCGCGGACGUGCUGCAGCCUGCCAUCUCGCUGGCCGAGGACGGGUUCGCCGUACACCAGAUGGCGUCGUUUGAGUGGCGGCAGCACGAGAACAGGCUGCUCGAGGUACAGGCCGAGUCGGGAUACCCCCACCCCAUGCUCGUCAACGGCAAGGCGCCCGUGACGGGCCAGUUCUUCUCCAACCCCCAGCUGGGCGCGUCUCUGCGCAAGCUCGGUGCUGAGGGCAAGGACGCCUUCUACAAGGGUCCCGUCGCCGAGAAGAUUGUCCAGGCCAUCUCCAGCCGAGGCGGUCUCGUCACCCUCGACGACCUCGUGGCCCACGACACCGAGUUUACCGACUCCAUAUCGUACACGUACGGCAAGGAGGAGCUCACCGUGCACGAGUGCCCGCCCAACGGCCAGGGCCUCGCCACGCUCAUUGCCCUGGGUGUGCUCGACGUCCUGCACGAGGACGGCGUGAUUGACCUCGACAGUGCCCAGGAGGGCAGCGUAGAGUGGUACCACGCCAUCAUCGAGGCGCUGCGUAUUGCGUUUGCCGACACGACAGCAUACGUCGCGGACCGCAGUGUCGUAAAGGUGCCCGUGGACCAGCUGCUGUCCAAGGCCAACCUGCGUGAACGUGCCAAGCUCUUCAACCCGCACAAGGCCACACCGGGGCUGACCAAGAGCGACUUUGUUACGGGCGGCGACACGUGCUACCUGGCUGCAGCCGACUCGGAGGGUAACGCCAUUUCUUACAUCAUGAGCAACUAUCUCGGAUUCGGCUCUGCCAUCGCCCCCGAGGGAUGUGGGUUCACGCUCCAGAACCGUGGUUGUGCCUUCAGUUUGGAUCCUGCGUCGCCCAAUGUCCUCGCGGGCAGCAAGCGUCCCUUCCACACCAUCAUCCCCGCAAUGGUCACAAGGGGCGACGAGCUAUUCGUGUCGUACGGGUGCAUGGGCGCCGUCAUGCAGCCGCAGGGCCAGGCGCUCAUCCUCCUCAACCUCCUGCAUAACGGCCGGGACCCGCAGCUCGCGCUCGACGCAAAGCGCUUCUGUAUCGGCGGCACACGGUGGCACCUCUCCUCGGCGCCGUUCUACAACGGCCCCGUGGCGCUCGAGGACGGCGUCGACCCAGAGGUCGCCGACCAGCUCGAGGCGAUGGGUCAUGAGAUUGAGCGCGUCAAGGGGGCCGACCAGCUCGUGUUUGGUAAGGGACAGGCCAUCCUGCGCACUGUCGACGCCGUUUCAGGAAAGCGUAUAUGGGCCGCUGGUACCGACUAUCGUGGCGACGGAUGUGCUGUGCCACAAAUCUAG